GGGGUCAGGGAACCCGGGUCGUCCCGCGGCGGGGCGGAAGUGGAUGUGAUGUCACUUCCGGGUGAGGCGGCCAAGAUGGCGCUGUUCGAACAGAUGAGAGCGAACGUGGGGAAACUGCUGCGGGGCAUCGACCGGUACAACCCCGAGAACUUGGCCACCCUGGAGCGCUACGUGGAGACCCAGGCCAAGGAGAACGCCUACGACCUGGAGGCCAACCUGGCCGUGCUGAAGCUGUACCAGUUCAACCCGGCCUUCUUCCAGACGGGGGUGACGGCCCAGAUCCUGCUCAAGGCCCUCACCAACCUCCCCCACACCGACUUCACCCUCUGCAAGUGCAUGAUCGACCAGGCCCACCAAGAGGAACGUCCCAUCCGGCAGAUCCUGUACCUGGGGGAGCUGCUGGAGACCUGCCACUUCCAGUCCUUCUGGCAAGCGCUGGAUGAGAACAUGGAGCUGCUGGAAGGGAUCACGGGCUUCGAGGACUCCGUCAGGAAAUUCAUUUGCCACGUGGUGGGAAUCACCUACCAGCACAUCGACCGCUGGCUGCUCGCCGAGAUGCUGGGGGACCUCUCAGAGUCUCAGCUGAGGGUCUGGAUGAGCAAAUACGGGUGGACGGAGCCGGAGCCCGGGAGGAUCCUCAUCUCCAACCAGGAGGAAAACAUCAAACCCAAGAACAUCGUGGAGAAGAUCGACUUCGACAGUGUGUCGAGCAUCAUGGCAUCCUCACUCUGAACCCCCAAAAAAACAUCAACACCCCCCCCCAAGACCCCAAAACCCGACCCCCCCCAUUCAACCAAUAAAGGAAUUCCCAGUAAA